UAUCACACUUUCGAUGUUUGUUUUGGGAAUAUAAAUGGUACUUUUAAUUAACAUCAUUUUCCCAACAGGAUUCUACUUCUUAGUCAGGUUAAAAACGACGGGACGAGCCUUAUAAACUUGACUGUGAUUUAUAGAUUUGAAUCAUAUUAGUGAAAUCGUGAUGAUGACUUUGUCCCAGCGAUGAAUCUGUUCCGUUCUGUUAGCUGGUCUGUCAUUAAGGAGGAGCAGUCUGCCUAUACUCUCCCGAUACAACUGGUUGAUGGAAUUUCUGUCCUCUCAAUGACAGGGAAUAUUGAGCAUGAAGAGGAAGCAGAGGAGGUAAAGACACGAGGAAACAACGAGGAAACACUGAGGAGAAGUAAAGUGUUACCAUGGUGACACUGUGGAGGGUUCCAUGCUGAAUCGUUCCAGAUCAUUCCAGAGCCCUGAGUGGAGUCAAAGUCUCCUGAUAACUCUUCCUGGAUCUCUGUAACCUUCUGGGAUGAAGAGGUUGCCCUGAGCAACACAGAGCUCACACAGGCACAGGCAGGUUCUAGAUGGAGUGAGACGGUCCUAUUUCAACGAACCAAAGCACGACACUGGUAGUGACAUCACCACCACCAUGCUCCAACCAACUGAAGCACAUUGCUAAAGAUUCAGAAGAUGGAGGGAGGAGAGACGAUGAGAGUGAAGAUGGAGGGAGGAGAGAGGAGGAGACAGGGGAUGGAGGGAGGACAGAGGAGGAGAGAGAGAAUGAGAGGAGGUGGUGGAGGGGUGUACGUGUGGCUCCUCCUGGUGUGUAUGUUGCUGGGGGAUGUCCUGGGCUGGGUGACCCCUGGAGUUCAUGUUGGGGUCGAGGCUCAGGCCAAUGAAAGGAGAGUCCUGGCUCACAUUCCUGGUGACAUCAUCAUAGGAGCGCUGUUCUCUGUUCACCACCAACCUCCUGCAGACAAGGUCCAUGAGCGUAAGUGUGGAGCUGUCAGAGAACAGUAUGGUAUCCAGCGUGUGGAGGCCAUGAUGCACACUCUGGACCUGAUCAACUCUGACCCUCACCUCCUCCCCAACAUCACCCUGGGCUGUGAGAUCAGGGACUCUUGCUGGCACAGUGCAGUGGCAUUAGAACAGAGCAUAGAGUUUAUCAGAGACACGCUGGUCUCCAACGAGGAGGAGGAGAGUCUGAGCCUGGGGAAAUGUCUGGGGGAGGACGGGAUAGAGAUGACCCCUGUUAGAGGGAAGAAACCCAUUGUAGGAUUGAUAGGACCGGGUUCCAGCUCUGUGGCCAUCCAGGUGCAGAACCUGCUACAGCUGUUCAACAUACCACAGAUUGCUUACUCUGCUACCAGCAUGGAUCUCAGCGACAAGAGUCUGUAUAAGUACUUCAUGAGGGUGGUGCCGUCGGAUGCUCAGCAAGCCAGAGCUAUGGUGGACAUCGUCAAGAGAUACAACUGGAGCUACGUCUCUGCUAUACACACAGAGGGUAACUAUGGUGAGAGUGGUAUGGAAGCCUUUAAGGAACUGGCAGCUAGAGAGGGGAUCUGUAUCGCUCACUCGGAUAAGAUCUACAGCAACGCAGGGGAGCACAACUUUGACAAGCUGCUGGAGAAGCUGAGAGGACACCUGCCCAAGGCUCGGGUGGUGGCGUGCUUCUGCGAGGGGAUGACUGUACGGGGCAUACUGAUGGCAAUGAGACGGAAACACCUGGUUGGGGAGUUCCUACUGGUGGGGAGUGAUGGCUGGGCUGACCGGUAUGAUGUGACAGAUGGAUAUCAGCAAGAGGCUGCGGGGGGAAUAACUAUAAAGCUGAAGUCAGCCUACAUCCCCUGGUUCGACGACUACUACUUGGCUCUGCAACCAGAUGACAACACCAGGAACCCCUGGUUCACUGAGUUCUGGCAGCACCGGUUCCAAUGUAGACUAAAGGGGCACGCACAGGAGAACACCAAGUACAACCGUACCUGCAAUAGUAGAGAGUCUCUCCGGCAGCAGUAUGCCCAGGACACUAAGAUGGGUUUUGUCAUCAACGCUAUCUACUCCAUGGCUUAUGGACUACACACUAUGCAGCAGACAGUCUGCCCAGGAUACCAAGGUCUUUGUGAUGCCAUGCGGCCUAUCGACGGUCGUAAGCUGCUGGAGUUCCUGAUGAGGACCAACUUCACUGGAGUCUCUGGAGAAACUAUCCAUUUUGACCAGAACGGAGACUCACCGGGCAGGUAUGAGAUCAUGAACUUUAAGCGUCUGGGCGGUGGCGGUGGCGGUGAUGGUGGAGGUGGAGGUGGAGGUGGUGGCGUGGAGCAGUACAGUUAUAUCCAUGUGGGGAGCUGGGACCAGGGAGGACUGAGGAUGGACGACGAAGAGAUGUGGGCUAACGCCUCCACCAUUAUACAGUCUGUCUGCUCUGAACCCUGCCAGAAGGCACAGAUCAAGGUGAUCCGUAAAGGUGAGGUCAGCUGCUGCUGGACCUGUACUCCCUGUAAAGACAAUGAGUUCGUGUUUGAUGAGUACACCUGCCGCGCCUGUGACCUGGGGGCCUGGCCUACCGACGACUUGACAGGUUGUGAGCCUAUCCCGGUGCAGUAUGUGCGUUGGGGAGACCCUGAGCCCAUAGCAGCAGUGGUGUUUGCCUGUCUGGGGCUCAUGGCUACUCUGUUUGUUACCUCCAUAUUCAUCAGGUUCUAUGACACCCCGGUAGUGAAGUCGAGCAGUAGAGAGCUGUGUUACAUCAUCCUGGCUGGCAUCUGUCUGGGCUAUCUCUGUACCUUCAGCCUCAUCGCCAAGCCCCACGCUGCACACUGUUACCUACAGAGACUGGGGAUAGGACUGUCCCCUGCCAUGAGCUACUCUGCCCUGGUCACUAAGACUAACCGUAUAGCCCGAAUCCUGGCUGGCAGUAAGAAGAAGAUCUGUACCAAGAAGCCCAGGUUCAUGUCAGCCUGCGCUCAGCUGGUCAUCGCCUCCCUACUCAUCCUGCUACAACUAGGAAUCAUAGUAGCUCUGUUCAUUAUGCAACCACCACAGGUGAUCUAUGACUACCCUAGUAUCAGCGAGGUCCAUCUGAUCUGCAACCUGACGACACUCGGAGUAGUAACUCCUCUGGGUUAUAACGGCCUGCUCAUCCUCAGCUGUACCUUCUACGCCUUUAAGACCCGUAACGUUCCUGCUAACUUCAACGAGGCUAAGUACAUAGCCUUCACCAUGUACACCACCUGCAUCAUCUGGCUGGCCUUCGUCCCGAUCUACUUCGGCUCCAACUACAAGAUCAUCACCAUGUGUUUCAGUGUUAGUCUCUCUGCUACUGUGGCUCUCUGCUGCAUGUUCGCCCCCAAGGUAUACAUCAUGCUGGCAAAGCCGGAGAAGAACGUACGGAGUGCCUUCACCACCUCUACCCAGGUCCGUAUGCAUGUAGGGGAUGCCAAGACAGUCGCUAACGCUGCCAAACCCAAGACCAUGGCUGGACUCUUCAGAAGGAAGGGGUCUGAAGAAAACCUCAGCUCCAACGGCAAGUCGGUGUCGUGGUCUCAGAAUGAGCGCAGCGGCUACAGACCCAACCUGUGGAAGAGGAUCUCUAUCCACAUCAAGAAGAAGGAGGAGGUCAACCAGACAGCCAUCAUUAAGCCCUUCUCUAAGGGGGCGGGCACCCCCGACCUCGCCCCCGCCACGCCCCAACUUGGGGACAGGGGGGUCUAUGACGAACCUCAGGGGGCACAGCAUUACCCCCCUGGAACCUACCCCUGCCCUCCCUCGCCUCAUGUUGGAGCAUACCGCCGCUGUCCCUCCUCACCCUCCCCACUAGCCCUGCCCACCGUCAGCCAAAGGGUGGGAGGCUUCCACCCUUGCCCUCCCUCGCCUCACGCUGGAACCUACCACCCAUGUCCCCCCCGGGUGGCUCAGGGGUCCCAGGACGGAGAGGAGAUCAGGGCUCUGCCAUCCUACAUGACAGAGAGGCCUCAGACAAGGGGCUCCAACAUCAUGGAUCAGAUUAGCUGUGUGGUGAACCGUUUCACCGCCAACAUCAGCCAGCUCAACAACAUGAUGCUCCCUGGGUCGCCACCGGAGGGAGCUGACCCCCCUCCCCCGGGUCCAGGCCUCGCCCCCGCCCCAUGCCCUCCUCCCUACAUCCUACCCCGCACCCGACAGCCAAAUACCACAGUCACCACCUACGCUGAAGUAGCAGCCGUCGCCGCCUCUAACCAUGGCAACCCCCGGGUGGGCGGGUCGGUCGGUGUGGUCUAUGGUCCUGGGGGCGGGGUGUGUGGUACUGCAGCGGUGAGAACCACAGAGCUGCUGGAGGAGCUGGCUGCUCUGGCCCCUCCUUCCCCGUUUAGAGACUCCUCCCUGGAGUCGCCUGGCGCCACGCCCCCCUCCCUGGCCUCGGAGUCUGCCUUGGGUGAGCCCUGUCCCCCGGGGAAAUAUGACAGACUGAUGCUGCGGCACUACAGCCAGAGCUCCUCUUCCCUGUAAACUCCUCCUCCUCUUCUUCCUCUUCCCUGUAAACUCCUCCUCCACUUCUUCC